AACUCCAAAGGUUUAGUUAGCGUCUCAGCGAGUGACUGUUUGUGUCGUUGGGUGUCAGUCCGUUGCUAUCGAGUUAUUCGUUUCUUAUUCAUAUCUCGACUCCAUUUACGGCAUGGUAGUGCUCUUGUAAACUAUAAAAGUUACAGUUUGUCUCCUGGAAGCAUUCUGGUUCACGAUAGCGAUAUACUGGACCGGUCUUUAAUCCUAAAAUGACGUAGAAUCAUAAACGCUGAGGUUCAGAGUUGAUGUUACUCACGUUGGCGAGAGUGGCAACGUUGCCAGAUGUGCGUUUUGUAAACAUUUAUCUCUGUACAAAAGACGCGAUUAUAUUGUUCGUUUCUUAAAACAGUGACUGCUAUAACUUAUAGAAGUAUAUUCACAAGUCUGAAGGAGUAAUUUGAAUAAUUUUAGUGUGUGGGAAAUAAAUGCUAUAGUGAAGUGUUUGGCAACUCAGGGUAGUUGCCUUUUUUAUUGUGGCCUCUAACCAGGAUGGUGCAGGGGAGGUGAGAAACAGCUGAUUUGGAGGACAUCUCUAUAUAGGAAAAUAUUUCGGCAUGGACAGGACAGAAUAUCACCAGCCUGGACAGCAACAGCAACAGCAACCGGCUCCUGCUGUGGUCAUUGUGCAGCAGCCCGUUGUUUUAGGAAGUGGCACUCUGGCCCCUCGAGGUAUCCCAUUUCUCCGAAGGGGAUUAAAGUUGAAUAAUGGGACGAAGAUUGGACCGAGCUGCAUCAUAUGCCUCGGGGUCACCGGAGGCGUCUUGACCCUAAUAGGAAUCCCUCUCAGCAGCGGCAUCAGCGUCUUCACUGGGAUACUGUUCUUGCUCCUUGGAGGUGGUUUACUUGCAGUCUGUUUCAAGUUCUGUCAAAAGGCAAAGCAAGAUUAUGAUGCUCUCCCCCAAGACCAUCCUGAUCGAAUUAAGUACUCUGCCCUUAUUUACACUCCUCGACGUGGAGGUGGAAACAUCAUGCCAAUCGUCACGAACUCGACCUGUCAGUUUCUCCCUGGAGCACAGGUCAUAAGUUCCUCUGCCUCUUUCCAAGGGGGUCAGGUCCUAGCUAACUGCCAAUUGCCUCCUGGUUUUCAGGUCGUUGACUCAUCUUCUGGUGGCCAGAAUGAAGGGCCGUGUCAUGGGAAUAUUCGCUUGUCCCAGUAUCCUGUAGCAAUGUCAGCCAUGCCCCAAAGCACAGUGUCUCCUGAAGAUGACAAACCUCCCUCUUACGAAGAAGUUUGCCGUGAUAUGGCUCAUCGUUAGUUUAGAGGGUUCCUUAUAUGUAUAUCUUUUAGAAGCAACAGAACAAUUUUUUUUCCAUGUCCAAGGUUUAAAGCCUAGUCAAGUGAUUGUGAUGUCGUGUUAAUGGCAUACACUCUUUGGUGCAUCUUAACGAUUUGUUAUGAUUUAUAAUCAUUAGCCAAGCAUGUAAUCACAGUAAUACCUUUUGUAGAUGGAUUUCUGUCUGUAGUAUUACAGCUUUUCGAGGAUUUUCAUUUUUAUGACUUAUUAGCGUUUCCCAAGUAUUUUCCAGUCAUGGAUUACAAUGACCUGGAAAAUAAUUAAUUAUCCUUUCUAAGUUACCUGAUAACAAUAGUAACAUUAUUCUUGAUGCAGUUGCUUAUAUAUUUCAAAACAUUUCUGGGACAUACUGUGUAUGUCAUUAAUGAUGUUUAAUGCUUUAUUUAUCAUUGCAAAAGGUUAUUUAUCUUGUUAGUCAUAAAAAAACAUUGCAAGAUGAUUGGUCAUAUGUUUAUGAUAUGUUUAUGGGAAACAGAAUUUAUGCUCUUAAUUCCUCAUGAUCAAUGAAAUUCUUUACAGUAACAAGCAAAGUUUGAUCAAAUUGAAGCUUUAACUAGCACCAAAAAUAUUUAGUUUGUUAAAAUAUGGAGAAUAAUGUGUUUAGGUAGUUUCAUUUGAAAUGCCUAAUGAAUAGCAACUAAAAUACUUUAGUUGAAAAGCCCCCAAAAAAGGGAAUGAUUUUUGUAAAAUAUAAUGAUACUAACAUUACUGUUAGUUUAAAAGCCCCCAUAAAAGGGAAUUGCUUUUUGUACAAGAUAACGAUGCCAAUUCUACUGAAGCUCAUGAUGAACAGACUGUCUGUUUUUCUGUAUUGUUCUGUUUAUAUGCAGUAUUAUGAAAUUUUCUUAUGGUGUAGUCCAAGCGUUAUGAAAGUAUUUCUUUUGGCUAUAUAGUAAAUAAUGAAUUAUAUUUUCAAAGAGUGUUUCUACACUACUGUUUGACGAAGAGUAAAUAACUGGCAAUGCCUGAGAACUUUGUUCUGACUAAGUACAUUAAUACUGAUUUUAAAAGCUCUCUCUCUCUCUCUCUCUCUCUCUCUCUCUCUCUCUCUCUCUCUCUCUCUCUCUCUCUCUCUCUCUCUCUCUCU